UGAAACAGUGCAGCAUGACCACAUUUAUUUGAACAAAGUAUCCACCUUCUUCUUCCAUGUGGAAGAGCAGGAUCCAGAGCAGUUUAGUAUCUUGUAUCUUCAGAACAGAGCCAAGAGACUUUACACCAGACUCGUUCUUGAUGGCAUGUGGAGUGUCCUACCGUCUCUUUCUCAGAGGAACGCUGGCAUCAUGCGACCGGUCAGGAUCUGUCCCAGCACUACCGACAUCCUCCAGCUCCUGUACUAUAAAUAUGAGAUCAUCAGAGAGCAGCUGUACAGAGAGAUGUUACAGGAUGAGUAUGGUGUUGUUUGGUGGGACUCAAUGUCAGUGUGGGAUCAGACAGAAUGUGUGUGUGAAUUAGGAGCGUGUGUAGAGCUGGCAUUCAGACACAGAGACUGGGUUCAGGUGUGUGGGCUUCCUGGGGCCCUCCGGUGCUACAGGAGCUGUGGUUCUGUGGUCUUGAGAGGCUGUCCUGAGAGUGUUAAACCUAGAGAUCAGGCUUGGUCGUCUAAACCGAGGGAACAGGCUUGGUCCGCUUUCAUCUUCCUGUUGGAACUGGAGUCACAUUAUCAAGAUGAGAAGGAAUCAAUCAGCGCACUCAUGAACAGAUUGGGACAGAAAGCUCUGCGUGUUAUAUAUCUCAGUAUGUGUGUUGCUGUGAGGAGAGCCGAGAGAGAGAAUCAGUCCUACACUGCGCUGCUGGUCGCCAGACAGCACUGGGACAGAUGGCCUUAUUUGAGAGGUUCAGUCAGUCAGGAUCUCACCAGGAUCUGGCUUCAGCAAAAUCUGGAUUCCACUGCUAAAAAACAGCAGGGCUGGAAAACAGGAAAUUGUGCACAACAGGCUGUGCUGCAGUUUUUGGUUAUGUGCCAGGAGCAGGAGCGGAAACGAUUGGUGGAGAUCUUGCACAGGCUUUCCCUGAGUGACCUCGAGGAAAACAUUCAGAAAAACAACAAUGUGGUUCAUGGAAACGAGGUGGAUCAGAGCUGUGUGUGGAGCCUGCAGCAGAUUAAAGUCUCUCUACAGGAAGCACAUGGUUCUUAUACUGGACCGUUCGCCCCAGGGUGUUCUGGGAUAGAUGUGUCAUGGGGGGAAUGUGCCACUCAUUUGCUGACCCAGCUGACACAAGCACAUGAAGAUGAGGCCUGGACUGUUUUAAACUCUCUGCCAGAUUUGGAACCUGAGGGUCUUUGGACUUUGCUUCGCAAAUAUGAGAGUGAAUUUCACAGACCCAGUUUCCACAACCUCCAUGAAGUUUUGCAGUCACGUGUACCAGCGCAUGCCAGCAGAGGCACCAGCACAGUGAAUGCUAACACUUUGAAGAAAGAAAGACAUGAACGUGAGGACAUAAGAGAGAGAGAAAGGACUGAGCAGGAACAGGAGGAUCCGUCAGAUGGUGAAAAACAAGAACUCUGCACUGGCUGUGGCAUGGCUUUAGAUCCAGAAGACACUCCAUAUUUAGAGAUCUUGUGUGUCAGAGACCCAAGAGAUGAAGAAAGCAUGAUGGAGACGAGAGAUGGAGACAGAGACAGACAAACAGAGAACAAAGGAGACCCUCAGGAGAUUACAGUGGAGAAACAAAACUCUCUGAUCACAUUGGCCUGGAGCAAACCAGCCCACGGAAAGAAUCACAUUCAGGAAGUGACCUCGGCUCAACAGGAAGUAGAGGCUGUCUCUAUUGCAGUGCAUGAGGAUACAGAUGUGGACACAACUCCACAUGAUGUGCACAUUUACACACAGCAGGAAAACAUAAGCUCCGUCUCGCUGCAGCCAAGUGAACAAUAUGAAGAAACACAUUCAGAUCACACAGACAGUGUGAAAGGAAAGACACAGAUCCAAGAAGUCCAUUCAAGCUUCAUCACAGAGGGCAUAAGAGAUGGAGAGUUUACAUUCAGUGACACCCAGCAGGUCGAGCAAACACCACCUGCUGCUCCACGGCUGCUACAAAACACUGACACAACAGACAGCAACACGGCACCAGCAAGUGUUCAUUUCCCAGACAGGGAACCUACACAAACAUUCGGGUCCCAUGAGAUGGAGGCAUCGCUUCAGGGGCAGAGGAACGAGGAGCUCUGUGAGAGAGCGGGUGAGGAGCAGCAGCUGCAGCGGGAGGCCACGAUGCGCUGCCUAGUAGACAUCCAGAGGAGAGCAGAGCGACGCUGGCAACGAGACCGAGACAGACAACUGCUCAGAGUUCAAGAGCGACUGGCCAUCGUUCAGAGUCGGAAGGCAGAUGAAGAUCUGUUGGGUUUGACGCAGGAAGACACACUCAGACAUCUGACCGACACACUACGACAGGAGGAUGAGCAUCAACAGAAAACUUUAGUAAGAGAGAAACUUCAGCAGAUGAGGAGAGAACGCUCCUGCAUUCUCCAGACCAGACGGGAGAGAAACACAGCUGGGUUUAAAGAGCUCCUUGCGCCCACAGCUCAACGCAUGACAGAAACCGAAGAAGGACGCUAGUGCGUACUCAGACCCAUUUCUACAAACAUACAGCACACGGUCAAAAC